AUGGACGUGACGUCACCGCUGCUGAGGAGGCGAGUUUAUUGGUUCAUUCAAGACUACAGGGAGCUGGGGCUGGAGCAGCAGGCUGAUGUGUCCCUAAAGAACCUGUUCGAGCAGGUGCGCCCUACAGGUGAAGCGGUGGACAGUGCGUGUGGGUACUUCCUUCAGGAGUCACUGUUGGUUUCUGUGUGCACCAGUUGCUGGACGGAGGAGUGGACCGGGACGGAGGAGUUGGAGGACGCGCUGGUGGCCGUUCUUUCUUUUGGCGCCUCGUUGCAGGGUUCCUUUGGGGGAACCUGCAUUUUAAGGGCGGGGGUGUGA